GCCCCCAACGCGCCCGUAACCCAGGGCGACGACCUGGCUGGCAGCGGAGCGAGUGUUCCCUAGCCCGCCGGCCAGGACAAACUGCCCCGGAGCCUUCCACCCCGCCCUGCCCUACAUGAGGGUGUGAGCGGCCGCGGUUACGGCCGCUUCCCCGCUCCGGGGCAAGGCCCCAGGCUCCCUACCGGCGACAGAGAGAGAGGCUCUGCUCAGUUGGAAGGAAACGGCCUUCUAAGGCGGGGAAACAAACGGGAAAGGAAAAGAACAUCGAUAUCCUAUUUUAGCAGUUCAGCUUGAAGACCAGUGUUCCGAAAGAGCACCUAGGGAUCUGAUUUUAUUCCUUUCCUUUGGUGUCCAAAUAUAUUUUAACCUUCCGUAGGCAGAAGAUGUUAAAAACUUUAAGAAACAAUCAUAGCAAUGGCUCUCUGUCAGAAAAGUGAGACUGAUUUAGAAAAUAAUGAAAAUCAAAACACAGAAGAAACUGAACCAACCUCUACUUGUCCAGAUGAAAGAAGCGAAAGGAGUCAUGUUUGUUGUCUUCUGAAUAUCAGUGACAUUACACUUGAACAAGAUGAAAAAGCCAAUGAGUUUGUUAUUGGAACUGGAUGGGAAGAAGCAGUCCAAGGCUGGGGCAGUACUUCUCCAACAGCCUGUAUCUGGCCAAGGAAGAAAGUGAAGAAGGCGAGGGCAGGAGAAAGUGCCAGUAGCUGCUUACUCUGUGUCAAUAUCUCCCAGGAGAGACCUGAGGCUAGGCUACAGAUGGACCCUGGGAAAUUAGAGGCCAGGGCCCUGGCUGAGUCAGGGCCCAGAAAGGAUCAGAGCAGCCCCUCCCAGAGCCAGGGAUCCCCCCACGGUCCCAACACAUCUUCCAGGGAGAUCAGCAAAACCUGCUUUCCCUACCACGGUCACAAUGAGAAAAAAAGCCUGCAAAUAAAGGAGUUUAUUUGGUGUACAGACCACUGGACUGCCUCCGAGACUGUUAAGGGCAAGGACCUCAAGAGCCACGAGCAUCCUGGUGGAAACACAGACAAGGGCUUCUCCAUUUCGGAUUCCUUGACCUCCAAGGCCCUCUUAGUUCUGCCCCCGCUGAAGGCUUCACCUCCAAAUGGCUUGGAUGUUCUGGGUAAGAAGAGUAAGAAUGUUUUCUUGCAGCAGGAAGAGAAGGGGCUGAGUGUGGAAGAGGUUGAAUGUGUGGCUUGUACAUGUGGAUUGAAAACAGUGGACGGGAACGGUGAAAGACCUGUUGAGCUGGCCAAACACCUUAAGGUCAAGGACUCUCCACCCUCCCCUCCCCCAGCAGCCUGGCCUGCCCUGCUGGCCGACCCCAAGCCUUGUUGCCUGCACUGGCCCCUGCUGCCUGAGCGAAGCCUGCUGUGCCCGCCCACACCCAGCAACGUACGAUAUCUCGCCUCAUUGCAGCUCUUGCAGAAACAGGGAAUGCAAAACUACAAAGCCAAAUUCAAACCCAAGGAGCCUCAACCUCCCAUGAGCACCCAAAAGCGCAUUUUCAUGGAGGCCAAGCAGGAAAAGAGGCCCCAAACGUUGGAGACCAAAGCAUUCCCAACACCUCUAUUGCCAUCCCUCACAGUGAGCAGAGUUGUUAUUCCGGUCUCCACCCAUAGACUCCUCUGAGUUGUCACAAUAUAAUUCCCUGGAAACAAGCUUGGUUUGAAUUUCAUUCAUCCUUCCUCUCUUUCUCCUCUCUUUCCUGCCCCAUGCCUAUUUUUUCUCUCUUCUCUUUUCUGUCUGUCAUCCUUUUAGAUGAGAACCAGAUCAAAUUGAACCUCAUCGAUGGGUUUUGGUUGGUUCUCAGAAAACCAUAUUCAUGUGUUAGCUGCUUUUCUGCUGCUUAGCUAUUUACAUGAUGCAAGCCGGUGAUGCCAGGCUGGGCACCUGACUGCCCUUAUUGCUCCACUGCCAAUGGAAGCUAGGUGGGUGGUGAUGAACUGAACAGGCCUCCUUCAGAGUGGCCCCAGGUGCCAGCCUGGAGCUGCCUGGCAGGGGCUCUAUUUAGCUGACCCAAGUGCUUUAAAGCUAAGUAUGCUGGGCUAAUUCAGACCAAAUUGGUUUUUGAUUUUUAAGACUAGGCAAAUAUCUGUCUGCUUUCCCAUUUUGUUCUGCAGUGAGGGUCUGAAACAUUGCUGUAACAGAAAACUUAAGCCUUUGGCCAAGUGACAAAAUCAGUGUAAUCAUUCUUAUGUUCUGGCCUCAUGCUCAUCCUCUGUGUCUGGGAAGUUGUAGCUACAGCUCUGUAAAAUCCAGCUUGGGAAGUAGGUUAAGAAUAGAUGAUUUAGAAAAAAAAAAAAAGUCACUGUGAUUAUCAUCACUGUAUUCUUCCUCUGGCCUUCACCUUGUACCUAAUAUUUAGGAACUCUACAACCCCAGGCAGACCCUUAUGGAAUGGAGCAGUUACCCCUUCCUCCUGUCUCCCCUAGAUGCUUCCUCCAUGCUCAUUUUACCCUAAUGCAUAUUUCCUAAAGUAUAUAAAUUGUUGUUGUUGUUAGGUGUCAUCAGGUCAGUUCUGACUUACAGCGACCUUAUGUCCCAGAAAGAAACAAUGCCCAGUCCUGCGCCAUCCUCACAGUUGUUGCUGUUUGAGCCCAUCGUUGCUGCCACUGUGUCAGUCCAUCUUGUAGAGGGUCUUUGUCCUUUUCACAAAUCCUGUACCCUACCAGGCAUGAUGUCCUUCUCCAGGGACUAGUCUCUCUUGAUAACAUGUCCAAAGUACAGGAGACAAAGUCUCACUGUCGUCACUUCCAAGGAGCACUCUGCUUGUACUUCUUCCCAGACAGACUUGUUCAUUCUUCUGGCAGUCCAUCGCAUAUUCAGUAGUCUUCACCAGCACCAUAAUCCAAAGGUCUUCAGUCUUCCUUAUUCAUUGUCCACCUGUCGCAUGCAUAUGAGGCAAAUGAAUAUAUUACGGCUUGCGUCAGGCACAUGCACCUUAGUCCUCAAAGUGGUAUCUUUACUUUUCAACACUUUAAAGAGGUCUUUUGCAGCAGAUUUGCCCAAUGCAAUAUGUUGUUUGAUUCCUUGACUGCUGCUUCCAUGGGCGUUGGUUGUGGAUCCAAGUAAAAUGAAAUCCUUGACAACUUAAGUCUUUUCUCCAUUUAUCAUGAUGUUGCUUAUUGGUCCAGUUGUGAGGAUUUUUGUUUUCUUUAUGUUAAGAUGUAAUCCAUACUGAAGGCUGUAGUCUUGGAUCUUCAUCAGUAAGUGCUUCAAAUCCUCUUACAGCAAGCAAGUUUGUGUCAUCUGCAUAUCACAGGUUGUUAAUGAGUCUUCACCAGUCCUGAUGCAACAUUCUUCUUCAUGUAGUCCAUCUUCCUGGAUGAUUUGUUUAGCAUACAAAUUGAAUAAGUAUGUUGAAAGGAUACAGCCCUGUCCCAUACCUUUCCCGAUUGUUGAACCACACAGUAUCCCCUUGUUCUGUUCAAACUACUGCCUCUUGGUCUAGGUACAGAUUCCACAUGAUCACAGUUAAGUGUUUUAGAAUUCCUAUUCUUUGCAGCGUCAUCCAUAAUUUAUUAUGGUCCACACAGUUGAAUGCCUUUGCCUAGUCUGUAAAACACAGGUAAACAUCUUUCUGGUAUUCUGUGCUUUCAGCCAAGAUCCAUGUUACAUCAGCAAUGAUAUAUACCUUGCUCUAUAUUGUCUUCUGAAUCUGGCUUGAAUUUCUGGCAGUUCCCUGUCAAUGCACUGCUGCAACCGUUUUUGAAUGAUAUUCGGCAAAAUAUACUUGUGUGUGUGAUAUUAAUGAUACUGUUCAAUAAUUUCCUUAUUCUGUUGAAUCAUCUUUCUUUGGAAUGGGCACAAAUGUGGAUCUCUUCCAGUUGGUUAGCCAGGUAGCUGUCUUCCAAAUUUCUUGGCAUAGACGAGUGAGCGCUUCCAGCACUGUAUCGUUUGUUGAAACAUCUCAAUUGGUAUUCCGUCAAUUCCUGGAGCCUUGUUUUUCGCCCAUGUCUUCAGUGCAGCUUGGACUUCUUCCUUCAGUACCAUCGGUUCUUGAUCGUAUGCUAACUCCUGAAAUGACUGAAUGUCAACCAAUUCUUUUUGGUAUAGUGACUCUGUGUAUUCCUUCCAUCUGCUUUUGACACUUCCUGCGUCGUUCGGUAUUUUGCCCAUAGACUCCUUCAGUAUUGCAACUCGAGGCUUGAAUUUUUUCUUCAGUUUUUUUACCUUGAGAAAUGCCGAGAAUAUUUUCCCCUUUUGGCUUUCUAACUGUAGGUCUUUGCACAUUUCAUUAUAAUACUUUGUCUUCUCAAGCUGCCCUUUGAAAUCUUCUGUUCAGCUCUUUUACGUCAUCAUUUUUUCCUUUCACUUUAGCUACUCUGCGUUUAAGAACAAGUUUCAGAGUCUCUUAUGACAUCCAUUUUGAUCUUUUCUUUCUGUCCAGUCUUUUUAGUGACCUUUUGCUUUCUUUAUGUGUGAUGUCCUUGAUAUCAUUCCACGACUCAUCUGGUCUUUGGUCAUUAGUAUUCAGUGUGUCAAAUCUAUUCUUGAGAUGGUCUCCAAAUUCAGGUGGAAUAUAAUCAAGAUUGUAUUUUGGUUUUUGUGAACUUGUUUUAAUUUUCUUCAACUUCAGCUCCAAUUUGCAUAUGAGCAGUUGAUGUUCUGUUCCGCAGUUGGUCCCUGGCCUUGUUCUGACUGAUGAUAUUGAGCUGUUCCAUCAUCUCUUUCCACAGACAUUGUCAAUUUGAUUCCUGAGUUUUCCAUCUGAUGAUGUCCACACGUACAAAACCAAAAACCCGUUGCUGUUGAGUCGAUUCCGACUCAUAAUGAUCCUGUAGGACAGAGUAGAACUGUGCCAUAGCGUUUCCAAGGAGGGACUGGUGGAUUUGAACUCCAGAGCUUUUGGUUAGCAGCCAAGCUCUUAACCAUUGUGCCACCAGCAUUCCAUAGUCACCAUUUAUGUUGUUGAGAAAAGGCAUUGGCAAUGAAUAAGUUGCUGGUCUUGCAGAAUUCUAUCAUGCAGUCACCAGCAUCAUUUCUAUCACCAGGGCCAUAGUUUCCAACUACAGAUCCUUCUUGUUUCCAACUUUCACAUUGAAAUCACCAGUGAUUAUCAGUGCAUCCUGAUUGCACUGUUGAUCAAUUUCAGAUUGCAGAAGUUAGUAAAAAUCUUCAGUUUCUUCAUCUUUGUCAUUGGUGGUUGGUGUGUAAAUUUAAAUAAUACUCAUAUUGACUGGUCUUGUAAGUGUACGGAUAUUAUCACCUAUAGUGUUGUACUUCAGCAUAAAUCUUGAAAUGUUCUUUUUGACAAUGAAUUCAAUGCCUUUCUUCUUCAGUUUGUCAUUCCCAGCGUAGUAGAUCAUAUGAUUGUCUGAUUCAAAAUGGCCAAUACCAGUCCAUUUCACUCACUAAUGCCUAGGAUAUUGAUCCUUAUGCAUUCCAUUUCAUUUUGAUGACUUCCAGUUUUCCUGAAUUCAUUCUUCAUACAUUCCUUGUUUCCAUUAUUAAUGGAUGUUUGCAGCUGCUGCUUCUCAUUUGGAGUCGUGCCACAUCAGCAAAUGGAGGUCUCAAAAGCUUGACUUCAUCCAUGUCGUUAAGGUCGACUACUUUUAGGAGGCAGCUCUUCCCCAGUUGUAUUUUGAAUGCCUUCCAACCUGAGGGGCUCAUCUUGCAGCACUGUAUCAGACAAUGUUCAGCUGCUAUUCAGAAGGUUUUCACUGCAUAUGAUCAUAUGAUCUACUAUGCUGGGAAUGACAAAUAGAAGAGGAAUGGCAUUGAAGUCAUCGUCAAAAAGAACAUUUCAAGAUCUAUGCUGAAGUACAAUACUAUAGUUUUUUCAGAAGUAGACCCAGGUCUUUCAUCCUAGUCUUAGACGGGAAGCUCCGCUGAAAUCUGUCUACCAUGGGUGACCCUGCUGGUAUUUGAAAUACUGGUGGCAUAGCUUCCAGCAUCACAGCAACACGCAAGCCACCACAGUACAACAAACUGACACAUGGUGGGUGGGUGUAUAAAUUAACCAUGUAUAAAUGAGUUAUAUCUUAAAUGCCAGGUGAUAUUGCUAGGUAUGGAGAUGCCUUGACAAACCACUUUGUAAUGUGAAUAAUCAUUUAGUUGCUUUGUAAUUACAUAGUUGGAAUUUGCUUAAGGUGGAUUGUCCUCAUACAACCCUAAAUAAUGGCGUGAACAGGAUAUGUAUCUGUAUUUGUAAACAUCUGUUUUCCAUACUUGGGCUUUGCAACGUCUUUAGGCUAGGCUUUUUGUUUUGUUUGUUUUCAAAAACACCAGAGAUGCUGGAAUGACUAUAGUACAACAGUUAUUAGAAGGUAUAGUUUGCCUAUUGAGGUUGGAUAAUUCUUUACAGUCUGGAAGUAAUUUUUAGGUAUUUUUCCUCCUCUUCUCUGAAUGAGGGAACCAUCUGAAUCUAUUGUGAAGAGGAAGUCUGGUUUCCCACUGUUCCUGUGCAGAGGUGUGAGACCGAAAAUGGGGACUUUGAUGCCCCGGCAACCUACCACCUAAGUCAGUGGUUUUUAAAGCCCCCCCUUUUUUUUCUUUUUUUUAAAAGUAGAACAGUAAUGAAUAAGCUCGAUACAUGAAACAGUGAGAAGUGUUGGUUUGUGGGGAGGGACCUACUCAGCCCAGAUGCAGUUACUUCCAGAGAUUUUGAAGCUGUUUGAAAACACGGAUCUAAGUUACAACAGAAUAUUGUUUUUUAAAGAAAAGGUCUUUUGUUCAGAUAAAGGUUGUACGUUCUACAGAUUUUGGUGAAAACAUAUAACUUAGAAUCAAGAAGGAGAUCAGCAUGAACAACAACAACAAAAAAAAAAAAAAACAAAGGAAGGGCCUAAAUUUACUAAUGCGUAGUAAUUUUCUUUUUAAGAAAAUAAUUUGGUCACCAAAAUAUUGACUAGAAGAUUCCUCUAUGAAUAGAAAAGAAUGUUUUGCAUUUGGCAUCUGUUUGCUUAGGUAGUUGUUAAGGGGCUGCUAAUAAAGUCCCUCUGGAAUCUUACUUGCAGUAGCUGGCUUUCCUUGUUUCUCUGUGGAUAAAGUCACUCUGCCGUAUUUUUAUGCAAAUAAUGUGCACUUUCUACAUUUGUUUUUUUUGUUCUACAUUUGUUUGCCAACCACCCCGCCCCCCAUAGUUUUAUAAGUGCUGCUAUGCCAAAAUUUUUUACAUGUUGCUGUAAAAAUAAUUACUAUAGCACAGUUAUGGAAAUACCUCGAGGGGGUGGAGGGAGAGGGCACAGCUGGCAAACAAAUGUAGAAUGUGUGCAUUAUAUUCAUAAAAAUACAGUAGGCCUUGGUCCAGUGGUCCUUCAGAUUAGAUGAGGAUGUUCAGACUGGUCUUUGCUAUUCACGUGUAGAUGAAGGCUAAACGUUCAGUAAAAUGCAGUUUCCCGUUGAGAUUUUCAGUCACUAACAACAGUUUCAGGGGAAGUGAUGACAUUUUAAGGAGUUAAGUGAAUGAACACAUUUGAAUAAAGCUGUAGUGUAGGUGCUGCAGCCCUCUUUCUAACACAGGGUGGUGAUCUCAAUUAGAUGUUUGGUUCCUCUUUGUGGUUGUUGUUAGUUGCCAUAGAGUCAAUUCCGACUCAUGGUGACCCCAUGUGUGCAGAGUAGAACUGCUCCAUAGGAUAUUUACGGCUGUGAUCUUCUGGAAACAGAUUGCCAGGCCUGUCUUCGAGGCACCUCUGGUUGGGUUCAAACUGCAACCUUUUGGCUUGUAGUUAAGUGCUUAACUGUUUGUGCCACCAAGGGACUCUUUUGAUUCCUCUUAGUCUUCUUCAGACCAAGCGUGGAGGCUCCGAGCGUCAUUCCUCCUUGUAAUAUUUCUGGAUCUCUUGUUAGUAAAUCUUUCCAAACUCCUGUUUGUCUUGAACCCUUAUAUAUCACAAGAAGAAUUCUGGCCACAUGCAGCAGUGCUCCCACAGUGCCUGAGGUUACCCACUGGGUGAGGCCAUGUGAGGCCUGGGAAAGCUGCUGAGGGUUGAGGUGAACCAACGGAGAGUCCAGGAAGCUUUCAGACAGACAGAGCCUCAACCCUACGGAGAGAUAAGUGUGUAUAACUUUUGAAGGGCAAAGAGGUUUUAAUCAGCAUAAGGCUUGACUACGUUUGGAUAGGAGCCCUCCCUAGUGGCACAGUGAUUAAGACCCCAGGCUGCUAACCAAAAGGUUGGCAGGUUGAAAUCCACUGGCUGCUCCUUGGAAACCCUAUGAUAAGUAAGAGGACUUUGGCUACUCCAAGAGACUUUCCCUAAUUUUUAGCUUUAUUCUCUUUCUUCUCGAUUUUGCCUCUAGAUGUAAAAUUUACCUGUACUUCAAAGGCCAAGCUAUAAAACAAUUUGAACCCCAAAUCAAAUUUACAAAUUCCUUCUAAGUUCUGGAACUUCAGUAACCCAGAGGGAGUGCCUUAUCUCAUGUGGUGCCUCCAGCUGGCUCAGCAGGCAGAGCAGCAAGGCUGGAGGCCCCGCCUGGGGAGCAUUUUGUGUGGAGCUUGGGGUCAGUGCAGCCUUGGUGCUGUGGUUUAGGACCUGCUUAUUAGCAGGCCAGGGAAGACAGGGACAGAGGGCCCCUGUAGCCUAGACCACUGGAAGACCAGGACAGUCCUGGCCUGGCACAGCAGGGGGACUCCCACUGGCUGUGGUCAGACUGGGACCACUGGAGCCAGGAGCAGAUCCAGUGCCUACUCUUGAUUACCAGGCUGAGCCCUGCCCAGAGUUCUGAUAGCAGCCAAGCGCAUUGACCGUUUGAGUCACCCAGGGACGCCUCCAGGAGCCUCUCUAGUAGUAAUAGUAGGCCCGCUCAUCAGGUCGGUGAAGAGUUGUUGGCCUCUCUUAUCCCUCCAUAUGGAAAGUGUGCAUUAUUGUUUUGGCAGAGUUUUCAAGAUAAUCCUUAAGAUGUAGAUUAAUGGUUUGUAUUUAUAUUUGAUGCCAUUAUUCAGAAUUCUCUAAUAUUUUCAGCAAUAUGCUCUUUUCCACAUUUACUGCUUGUGAUAAACUGAUGUAAACAUUAAAAGGCAGCCAACAUGAUGUACACCUUAGUAACCACUGCCAAAUACCAUAUAUGCAUGUAUUAAAAUUGCUUUUUUCCCCAUUUAGCUCAAACUAUAAACCUUUCCUCCCUGUGUGUCUUUUAAAAUGAAACAAUUUCCCUGCUUAUUAAAGACAGCUAAUUUGAAAACAUACUAUAGUUUCUUCUUUUAAGCAUCACAAAAGGGUUAUGACUGUUCAGUCAGCCUCUAAAUGUGAAAGAGCUGUUAAUAAUGUCAUUUGUUUUAUCUAGCAUGUGCUCUGAACCAAAGAGAGAUCUCACAUUUAAUUUGGGAUAAAUACCAUAGUUUCUGAUUCUGUGUUUCUGACUGUGUAAAGUUCUAGUUUCUGUAGUGCUUCACUCAAAUCCUGGGACUGAUUUCUCUAAUGUCAAUUCCAGGAAAAUAGGAUGUCAGGAAAAUACUUACCAUUAGGGUAGGUAUUUAGAGAACUUAAAGUCUGAGUUCUUAUUGUUCAGAUGCUAGUUAGGACUUGUUACAGAAGAGUGAUUUAAAUGAUUUUAAAACAUACCACAUGCUUAACAAAAAAGAAGGUGCAAAAGAAAAUAAUUACCAGCUUACAAUGCUUUGAAAGUACUCUACUCCCUGCUAGCAGACAUUAAAUUUUUUUUCCAUAAACUGAAAUAAGACAAUAUAGAGCGAAUAAUUCCUAAUGCAGUUUUGCAAAGAUUGGAUGGUUUCUCAAAAUUAGUAGUAAAAAAAAUCAAUUUUAUAGAUGUACAUUUUAAAAUAGGGGACAGUUUUAUGGGUAAAUAUCUUUUACCUUUUGUGAUAAGUUAACUCAGAUACACUUCCUGCCAAAUUCUCACUGUAGCAUGGGCUCUGCAUUUUCUGAAGUCACUAAAUUUCUCGUUACAGCACAGGAAAAAGAAGAUAAAGUAGGAGAGGGAUCAAUUUCAAAUUCAGUCCUAAGCAGCAACAUGUUUGGGAUGCAGUCAUAAAACCAACCAAAUAUUCCACCCAGGACAUGGAAGAGCAGUGGAUCACCAGAGAGAAAGAAUAGAAAGCUGCAAGCUGAAGUAGUGAGAAGAUGGAAAACUUCAAACAAGGUCUUAUUUACACAUACCAUGCUAAUAAGCUCACUCCUUUAGGCAAAAAAAAAAAAAAAAUGUUCACAUUGAGGUAAUACAGGUACUUUAAGAGUAACAGUCAUUAUGGAGGUAAAUGUAUUUCAAAAGUUUUUUCCUUUUCAGAAAUACUUGACUAUUUCAUCCAUAAACUAUAAAGAAUAUCAUUUUUUUUUUUCAUCCUUAUAAUACUAAUUUGCUCCAGAGUAAAAUACCAAAAGUUAAUGGAGGGGUCGUGGCAGUAUGUUUCUCAUAGGCCACAUUUUACUAUUUUGGAAUUUGUAGAUUUAGAACAAAGUUACAAAUGUGUUUAUUUUGUUAUUUGUCAGGCAAUAUAAAAUUUGUAGUUUUUUCUAAUGUUUGUUGAAAGAGCUGAGUGAAUAUUGGUACUCUUCCUGUCUGAGUUCUUUUGGGCAUUUGCUCCUUUCAAACAUGCAUAUUUUUACUUGUGGUGCCCAUGUAUGUUAAGUUUGAGAACACUGACAACCUGAGAAUCACCUCCAUUUGUUCUUCAGCCUGCCUCUUGAUAUGCAAGCUAACGUAUCAGUGUGUCUGCUAAUAAAUACAUUUCAAACAACCAAGAGAAUCCUUUGGAGUUAAACGUUGCAAAAGAGUGGUAUUUAGUUAUCUUCUUGGCUGUAAGAACGUUCUACUAGCCAACACCUUGCUGAAGAAGCUAGAUUAAAAUUCAAGUCUUUUAGAUGUCGGGAGUAUGCGAGUGGGCCAGGGAUGUAUGAAGCCAAUUCAGCACGCUGUCCUCUCCUGAAGUGCCGCAGUCAAUCAGUGGCACUUCAAAACACUUCAGACAAAAGCACACAAGACAUAUUGUGAGAUAUAAGAAAAAUAAAACUGCAUAUAAAAAAUGAUAUGAAAAAACGGAUGUAAAAAUACUUGAGACUUCAAAGUCUUUAUCCCUAAAUCGCUCAGGGUUACAGGCUCAUUCUCCUCUUUAAGGACCUUCAGAGAAAAGUUUAAGAAGCAAUGUCUUAAAUAUACCAGAUAGUAAAUGCUCCUGGAAGGAUCCAUGGUGGCGCAGUGGUUAAAGCGCUUGGCUGCUAACUGAAUGAUGGGCAGUUGGAACCCACCAGCUAGCUGUUCCUUGGGAGAAAGAUCUGGCAGUCUGCUUUUGUAAAGAUUUACAGCCUUGGAAGCCCUAUGGGGUAGUUCUACUUUGUCCUCUAGGGUCAGUACGAUUCCGACUCGACAAUUGGUUUGGGUUUGGGAAGUGCUCCUGUAGUCAAUAUUAGAUAGAGGUUUGGACUGGAAUUAGAGAAACAUUCUAAAAUUGAGGCCAUCAAGGGUUAAGUGAAAAUAUCACCUUGUUAUUUGCUACUUUUUAAAAAAUUAUUGUGCUUUAAGUGAGUUUACAACUCAAGUCAGUUUCUCAUACAAAAAUUUAUAUACAUCUUGCUAUAUACUCCUAGUUGUCCUCCCGCUAAUGAGAAAGCACACUCCUCCUCUCCACCCUCUAUUUCCGUUUCCGUUCAGCCAGCUUCUAUCCCCCUCUGCCUUCUCAUCUCCCCUCCAGACAGGAGCUGCCCACAUAGUCUCAUGUGUCUACUUGAGCCAAGAAGCUCACUCACCAGUAUCAUUUUCUGUCUUAUAGUCUAGUCUAAUCCCUAUCUGAAGAGUUGGUUUUGGGAAUGGUUCCUGUCUUGGGCUAACAGAAGGUCUCGGGACCAUGACCUCUGGGGUCCUUCUGGUCUCAGUCAGACCAUUAAGUCUGGUCUUUUUAUUAGAAUUUGAAGUCUGCAUGCCACUGCCCUCCUGCUCCUUCAGGGGUUCUCUGUCGUGUUCUGUCAGGGCAGUCAUCAGUUAUAGCUGGACACCAUCUAGUUCUUCUGGUCUCAGGCUGAUGUAGUCUCUGAUUUAUGUGGCCCUGUCUCUUGGGCUCAUAAUUAGUUUGUAUCUUUGGUGUUCUUCACUCUCCUUUACUCCAGGUGAGUUGAGACCAACUGAUGCAUCUCAGAUGGCCACUUGCUAGCAUUUAAAACCCCAGAUGCCACUCUCCAUUAUUUGCUACUCUUAAUGAAACAACUCAACUUCUGAACUAGACUGUUCAUUUUCAUCAUAUCCAAAGUAGCUUCAAAUGGAACUGAGCAUCUUUCAGAGAACCCUUACAACAUUUUUCUACUUUUCUAUUUAGCUCAAGGGAAUCGGAAACACAUUGAUUUGGGGUUUCCUGCAAGUUAGUGACUAAGCCAAAAACUACUCAGAUACUCUCUUAUUUUUGUGCUUAAGUCAAAGAUAAAAGACACCCCAUUAUAAAAUGGUAGCAUUUGACAAAUAUAUGAAUUGGCUUAAUUUCCUUUGAGUAAAUUUUCCAAAAAGUUAAAUCCUAAGGUUUUUAUUUUUUAUCUAUAUCAAAAUAGAAACUUUGGUAAUGGAGUGUCUCUUCAUUUUCUAUUAGGAAAAUUGUUAGCAUCUCUUCAUGAACAAAGGUAAAACAACAGUGAAAAGAAGUAGGCACCAUUAUGUCAUCAUAUGACUUUGAGAUGAUGAGUUUGUGAAAAGUUGAGGCACCAAAGUCUGGAGAUUAAAGAAUUUACAAACAACGAAACAAAAACCAACCAGUAGAAUUCUUGCUUCUCUUUAAUCACCGAUUCUCAGUUUUUACAAAUAAUCUUAGAACAAUUCAGGUAACUGUGGUUCUUGGGGAAAUAGUUCUUACUUGUACAUGAACUCUAUAUUACAUGCUCCAGUUUGCUGCAAGUAACUACCGGCUGUAUUAACAAACAUUGUCACAGAAACAAAAUGUUUUUUUAAAGCCAUAAAUCAUUGCAUUUAUAUGUACAAAAAGCCAUAAACAAAGAUGCAUUUCUCCUUUCUUAGGACGAUUUAAAUAGAUGUUUACACUUUAAGGCAGUGACACGUCUAAAACAAUGAAAUUCUAAGUUAAGGCUUUAUGUUUGUUUUGAAACCCAUAUUCAUAGGCAACUGUGACCAAAGAAAACUUUCAUCUUUUAGGUUGAAUUCAUAUGCCCAGGAUAUGUUAAUUAUCCCUUAACCACCAAUUCCUCUGUAUCAGAUGUAUGGAAUAUGAAUUAGGAGCAACACCAUCAUUUAAUUUAAUGAUUGUUAGUUCCCUUAUUAGGCUUUGAGGAUUUAGCCUUCAGUAGCACAAGCUUGUGCAAAAGAAGGGAUGGCGCAUUUCUUUGUAAACUUAGAAAACUUACAAACUGCACUGAAUCUUUUCUGAAAGUUGGCCCACAAUUAAGAAUUCAGGAUCUCCUAAAUACAGAAAACCCCAAAAGCACAGCUGACCACACUCCCAUCCUCAAACAGAAAAUGUUCUUUAUUAUUGAAGCAAUAGGUUUUUAAUCUUUGUUUGAAGACUGUUUAAAGAAAUAAAGCAAAAAAAAAAAAAGUAGAAUACCGUAUUUUAGAUGGAUCUGUAAUUGCUAGCCCCAAGGCACACAUACGAAUAUUCUUGCUAGUCCAAUAUCUUUCCUUAUUCAAGCAAAUGAUGAGUAGUGGAUGAAAGGAAGGGGAGUUACUUGAAACAACUGCACAUUGCACUUGCCCCACUAAGCUUAGUAGAAGUGCAGAGCAUUGAAAUUGAGGAGGGAAUGUCCAUUUCUUUUCCCACCUAUUUUUAGACAAAACUCAGAUCCAGUCUGUGAAUGCACUUUGGGCAGCAGCUCUUGAGCACCACUCUGGCCUACUGUGGAGAACAGGAAGGAUGUGCUCCAUAUGAACUAACAGGCGGUUCCACAACCCAGUGCUUCCACAGUUUGGAUGAUUUUAAAACAAACAAACAACUUAUUUAGACUAGAAGGAUCACUAUUUACAUAUUAGUGCACACUAUUAUUCCUUUAACCCUUUCAUGAUCUGUGGGACAUAUAGUAUCCCACCUACUUUUUCCAACUCUUUCUUGGGACUCUACUUUUCCUGUUAAAAGAAUCUGCUGCCCUCCAGUAGGGACUUGUUAACAGUUAAAGAAAUGUUCACUGAAGCAAAACAGCUGGGGUAUUGGCCUUAAACAUGAGGUAGUGCAUCCAGGAAGUGUGACUGGGUAAAAAACUGGUCUUUUGGCUUUUGCACAGCUAGAUAAACUUGUGAGCGUAUCUAUGGUUUCCUUGUGAUAGUUAGGGAGCCUUGGUAGGUCUGUUUUGUGUUUGUUGUUGCAAAAACUCCUGCCAGCCAUGAUUGGUGGGACAGAUGGGCACCCACCAAUCCUGGUGCCUGAGAACCCUCCAAGGUUUGUGGAACCCAUGUAUUCCCAGAUAUUUCUCAAAAUCCAUCUUACCCACCAAAAAUUUAAACACACUCCAUGACUCAGCAUGCUUCCACUAAUGAAAACACAUGGUAUAUAAAAAAAAAAAUAAAAAGAUAAAAGGGCAGAAAAUAAUAGGGUCUUGAAAGAGUAGUUUUACAGCCACAAACCUCU